AGGCUCAGAUUGAGGUCUCAGUUCUCCAUGUCCCGAACCUUUCUCCCCCGUCCAACACGUAGUUCGUAACGAGGCGAACAAAUACAAAUAGAAGUUUUGUAUAAGAAACAUAGCUCGUGUAGUUGUACAAAGCAGCUGUUGCAAAAGUCGAUUGGCCGCCAGCACCCUUUGUCUUGCUAUGACGGACUUCUAGACAUAGGUAAAAACGCACACAAGCGCGGUAUUGUGAUUGUCGAAGAUGUUAUCCAGUUGGUUCCUUCCCUCGUCGGCCACUUCCCAUGGAGGCCGGCAACAUCGUAAUCCGGCCGACCUCCGCCCAGAAGAUGAGCUACGAGGUCGCAGCACAGGACGAGGUUCGUUUUUUUCCAACGGGAAAAACGAAGCAGCCGCCAAGAGAAGUCGGAGCGCGGACGGGUUUGCGCUGCAUCAAAAAGCCUACACGACGCGAACUACAAGCACGAACAUUGCCAAUAAGAGAAGUACUACAGGGGCUUCUCACGUUCGGCUUGCCACCAGAACGACAGACACCAGUGCACGAUUGAAGGAGCGUGACCCAUGGCUGAAUGCUGUAUUGGACGAAGAGCGCCGGCACUCGAGAAGGAGCUGCAAUACUCUUACUGACGCCCUCGUUGCCGAGCUACUGAGAGAGUUUCUGCCCAAGGAAGUAGUACCGUCUGAUCCAGCGGGAAAUUUUACGGGAAGCGAGAUUCUUGCUCACACGAACGGUGCUCAGACGGAGGUGGUCGCGGCAGAAGUUUCUACUGGCCGCAUUGGCUCAACUACCAGCUCAACUUCGGGUCGCAAGCUGACUCUCACUGGUAACUACAGUGUGCGAAACACCAGGCACUCGCAUUGGCCAGAGUUUGAAGUUCGAGUGGAGGUUCCUGACGAGGAGAUGAUUUUUUGGUACGGUGAAACUCGUGCGCCGUCGAGCAGACUGCUGAAUGGAACGAAGGGUGGCAAUACAGUUAUUUCUGUGGACAAAAACUACCCGGUCGUGGACGUAAAUCACCAGACCAAGGAGAUGAAUCUAAAUCACCCACACCAGUUCUGGGCUGCCGCACGACCCGCGAGCAGCCAAUCCACACGGUCAGUUAAUACAGUCAAAAACCACCGACCAGCCAGCAGCCAGUCGACGACCUCAUCUAGUAAAAAUUCCUCGACAGGCGGAGCAGCAAGUGGGUUCGGAGUUUUGUCGUCCCGGGCCGCUUACAUUUCGAAGGUGUCGCCGGUGGAGGAAGGCGCGGCGUGUGGCGAGCAGAUACUGGACGUGUACAAUAUGCAGCAACAGGAGCAAGGUGGGUAUGCGCCCCGAAAUCAACUCGUUAGUCGUAGCGCUACAGACCUCCAAGCACCAUCAAGCGACCAAGCUUCGGAUCUACUAAUGUUGGACCGUGCUAAUGCAACGCAUGAGGAGCAGGAGCAGCCGCUCUUCUUGGAUCAACACUCAGAGGUGGACCAGCUGCACCUUCAGCCGCUCGUUUUCCCACCGUCCGAAGUGGUACAUCAUCAAAACUCGUCGGCGCGUCGUGCAGCUGAACAAGCUGUCAUGCCGAUGUACCAACCUGGUACUACACAGUCGUUCCCCGCCUCCCCCGUGGUCAGUACGAAUCAGGUCCAUUUGUUGAACAAGAAACAACAGGAAAUACAGACACGGCAGAACAAAGCCCCUGGUGCCACGGCACUCCUCGCGUCUUGUUCCGAAGUUGGCUCGACACCCGGUGGUCAAACAAACUUUUCCAAGGCUUGUAGUACGACUGUAACUUCCCGGAAAGCGAGAACCAAAAUCCUAAAACUCCAUCGCUCCGACGCAGACUUCCUGCAGCUUUUCGAGGAUUUAAACUACGGUGAGGAAUUCCGGCAAAAUGCGAAAAGGAGGAGACCGGUGAAAGAUCUGAACGUGAUGUUUCUGUCAGAGUGGACGAAGGUUUUGGAAAAACAUCUGGUGAACGCGAUGGAGUGCUAUCUUGUGGAGAAUCUUGUUCAACCUUCGGGAAGAGGCUCCAUCAGCCCAGAGGCGGCCGUAGGAGAGCCAGGAUUACUACAUGAAGAGCGGAAGCUUGGUGAUAUAAUUUCACAUAGUGAAGAUGAUGAUAACCCGCAUUUACAACUGGAAGGCGAAAUAGAGCAAGACAGAGCUUUGAGAAUCCUUUGGUUUUUUGGACUGGUUGAGACAGCGGAAAACGCUGAUACUGGCCAGAUGCUGAAGAACUACGUGUAUGAUAGAUGAUACUAGAGCUGCCAUGGUUUUCUCGAGAAGUUCAAGUUUUACGAUUCAAAACGAAAAAAGUUGUGAAUGAUUCACAGUAGAACCCGUGCGACAUACCUAG